AUGAAGUCUAUAGCGGAGAUUACUGCCAAGUUCAGGGAGAGGGCAUUACUGGUUCUACAGUACGUUGCUGAUGAGGAGAUGAUGAAGACAAGAUAUCAUGCUAUGAUGAGGGAUGAUAUCUGGGAGUUUGUGAGCUUUUCAGGGUGCAAAACCCUGAAUGACAUGAUUGAGAAGGCCCAUAUUAUGGAUUGUAAUGUGAGUUCAGAUCUAAUGGAAGGGGUUGAGAAUAAGGAGCAAUCUGCUCCCAUAAAUGUAGAUGCUGAUGAACAACCAACUCCCAAUAAUCAUAUUCCAAGCGCAUGGGAUGGUUUCACUAUAGUGUCUCUAUCUAAUGGUACCAAAAAAGCUCAGUGUAAUCAUUGUAAAACAAAGCUAACUUAUAGUGAUAGCGGGACUACAUCAACAUUAAAAAGGCGCUUGCUUAUAUGCAAGCCACAUAAAGAUUAUGAAGAAAAGCAGAAUUUACUGAAUUUUCCACAUAUUAGGUCGGAUGGGGAUGCAGGACAUGAGAAGCUUCCUUCAUUGAUCAGGCCUGAUGCAAAGUAUGACAGUAACAAAAUAAGAGAAGCAAUAGCUACUUGGGUGUUGGGUAUUGAGCAACCUUUUUCUGUUGUGGAGGAUGAUUUAUUCGUGCAGAUGAUGAAGACAGCUCCUCCAUUAUUUGAGAAAACAAGCAGGACUUCAACCAAAUCAGAUUGUUUUAAGAUAUACGAGCAUGAGAAAAAAAACACUAAAAGCUCUUAUAAAAGCAACCUCAAAAAUCAAUUGCAAAAACGUGUCUUGAGUUUUGUACAUGUUCCUCCUCCUUGUAACGGACUUGAUAUUGUUGAUGACAAUGUUGCAUACAAUGAUAGGGCAUUGAGACGACUGAAAGAAAUUUUUUCUAGAGUGAGAAAACUCACGUGUGGUGGUAGGUUAUUUCAUGUUAGAUGUUGUGCACACAUUUUGAACAUGCUUGUGAAAGAUGGUCUUGCUAUGAUUGAUUCUGUUAUCGGGGAAGUUCGUGAGGGUAUAAAAUAUAUUAAUAAUUCUGAGGCGAGACUUCAAACAUUUUCAAAUAUUGCACAUCAACUGCAAAUACAAGAUAGAAAAUUAUUGCUUGAUGUUCCAACACGAUGGAAUUCAACCUAUGAUAUGUUGCCAGUUGCAUUAAAAUUUAAAGAUGUUUUCCCAAGAUUUGCAGAGUACGAACCACAUUUCCAUCACCUACCUAAUGAUGAGGAGUGGGCGCAUGUGGAGUGUGUAUGUGAAAUCUUGAAGGUUUUCAAGGUAUGCACGAAUUUCAUUUCUGGAAGUGAUUAUCCAACAUCCAAUUUGUAUUUGAUUGAGGUGUUUAGAGUAAAAGAAACUUUGGAUAAAGGUGCUCUAUCAAAAAACUAUGGUGAGUAA